AUGCUUCCAACUGAGUCCACGGACCUCUUUGAAGGUGCAGCACAAUAUCCGUUUCCCAGACCAGCAGUAGUUAAUGUGUUGAUGGAAGUGAUUGUGUACAAGAAUCAAUAUCGGUAUUACCAGGGGUACGUCGUUUCGUUCCCUGAUUUACCAGCAAUGUGGCCGCAAGAAAUCAUAUAUGACGACCUAACGUGGUACACGUACAACUAUGCUGUGGAAGUGCCCCGGAAUGACCCUUAUUUAAUAUUUGCUGUUUAUUCUGAUACCAAAGAGAUAUUAGCUGAGAUCCCUGAAGAAUUCCAUUCUUCCAAUCCACUUAAACUGCAUGAUGACCAUGAGGUCACAUCAGUUUUGGGUCUCAACUGGAACUCCGAUCUCGAUAGUUUCAGUUUUAAGGUCAACUUACCAUCUUCUCAUCCAAUUUGGACUGAACGCAGUGUGCUUUCUCAGUUAGCCAAAUUUUUUGACCCACUUGGCUGGAUCUCUCCAGUAAUUAUUAAAGCUAAAAUGUUACAACAAGAAUUAUGGUUGCUGAAGGUACCAUGGGAUGAGAAACUUCCUUCUAAUCUUUUGAAGGAAUGGAGUGAGUGGAUCAAUGAAGCCGAAAUCUUGGAUCAGAUUAAAAUUCCGCGUUGGAAUGAUUUCCAACCCGUUGAUCCGAUAAUAGAAAUCCACGGCUUUGCUGAUGCUUCUAAACGAGCUUAUGCUGCGGUUCUCUAUCUUCGUAUACUUACAACAGACAUGGUUUUUACUUCAUUAGAAAUAUCUGAAACCAAGGUUCAGGCUUCAGCUAUUUACCUAUACACCGACUCUAUGGACACUUUGUGUUGGAUAAAGUCAAUUCCAUCUAAGUGGCCUACCUUCGUUGCUAAUAGGUGUUCUGAAACUCAAACCUUGACACCUACAGCCUAUUGGCAUUAUGUCAAAACUAAAGAGAAUCCGGAAGAUCUCGCCUCUCACGGGGUUCUGCCCAAGCAACUUAUUGGUCAGAAACUUUGGUUUGAAGGGCCUGAUUUUUUGAGGGAUCUUAAAAUCGUUUUUUCCGACAUUUCACCUAAAAAUUCUCCUGAAGGUGAAGACACUGUUCUGAAUGAAACGCUUUCUGUAAAUGCAUUAGAAUGCCAAGAUAAGUUACCAGACACUUACUCAGCUUACAAGUUGUCUUUUCUGGAUUUAUCCAAUACCUUAAGGUCAGAUAGCCAUUGUUUGACAUUAUCAGAACUGGACAAUGCUCGAUUAGUUUGGGUUCCAUCAAACAGAAACAGCAGCAUCGCCAAGCUGAAUCCUAUUCUUGUCGAUGGAGUCAUUAGAGUAGGGGGAAGACUUGGAAAGGCUUGGAUCCCUAGCCAAACUAAGCACCCUUUAGUUCUUGCUCCCAAAAAUUAUCUGACCGACUUGAUAAUUGAUUAUCAUCAUAACUUAGUUUUACAUGGUGGCACUCUUCUUACUUUGACAUCUAUUUGCCAAGCCUACUGGAUUGUGUGA